AUGGCCACUUCCGCCUUGUCCGUCUGCUCUAGUGACCUGAGCUACAGGAGCCGGGUCUGCUUGCCCGGGUCCUAUGACUCCUGCACCAGCUCCUCCUGGCAGGUGGACGACUGUCCAGAGAGCUGCUGUGAGCCCCCCUGCUGUGCCCCCAGCUGCGGCGCUCCGGCCUCCCGCCUGACCCUCCUCUGCGCCCCAGUGAGCUGCGAGUCCAGCCCCUGCUGCCAGCCAGCCUGCAGCAGCUCAUGCCUGGCCUCAUGCUGCCAGACAUCUAGCUGCCAGUCCUCCUGCUGCACCUCCUCCCCCUGCCCGCAGGCCUGCUGUAAGCCCGUCUGCUGCACGCCCGUCUGCUGCGAGCCCGUCUGCUGCAGGCCCGUCUGCUGUGAGCCCAUCUGCUGCAGGCCCGUCUGCUGUGAGCCUGUCUGCUGCAGGCCGGUCUGCUGUAGGCCUGUCUGUUGCACGCCUGUUUGCUGCAGGCCCGUGUGCUGUGAGUCAUCCCCCUGCUCAGCCUCCUUGUGCUGCCAGCCCAACCCCUGCUCCUCGGUCAGUUGCAGACCCUCCUCCUCUGUGUCCCUUCUCUGCCGUCCUGUGUGCCGCCCCGCCUGCUGCGUGCCCGCCUCCUCCUGCCAGCCCAGCUGCUGCCGCCCGGCCUCCUGCGUGUCCCUGCUCUGCCGGCCCGCAUGCUCCCGCCCUGCUUGCUGCAUCCCAACCGUGGCCCCGGAGCCAUGUUGCUGA